AUGACUGCACGACCCCCGCCACGCACACGCCCCAUCCACACUCGCAAACUUGUACUGAUUAUACUGUCCUCCCUAUCGCACCGCACCUACGGACUCGAGAAUCGCGCCCGCGCCCACGUCGUAUUACUAGCUCUCGCGCCAGCACCACCACCGCACCUAAGGCUACCGCCCCGCGCAGGGGCCAGCCGCAUUCCGUUUUGUGGAGAGGAACCCAGAGACUCGGAGGACCCGGUACCCGUUCGUUUCGCGGCAUCUGUAGAUCCAGGUGUACAUAACAUUCCUUUUGAAGCGUGUGGACUCGCAAGCCAACCAUCUUUCGUCCUCGACCGCGAGUCGCAUGGCUAUUUUCGAGAAUGUAUCCUUAUUCCUUUCGUACGUAGUAAAUAG